GAGAAGAGGUUCUCCUGCACUGAGUGCGGGAAGGGUUUCCAUUCUAAAUCCAAACUUAAUGUGCAUAAAAGAACUCACACGAGGGAGAAGCCAUAUUCCUGUCCUGAGUGCGGGAAAUGUUGUUUACAGAAAUCACAUCUUAUUACACAUCUAAGGCUUCACACAGGAGAAAAACCAUACUUCUGUUCUGAGUGUGGAAAAUAUUUUUCAGACAAGUCCUUUUAUCAUAGACAUCAGAGAUUACACACAGGGGAGAAGAAAUUUUCCUGUCCUGAGUGUGGGAAAUGUUUUUCAGAUAAGGCAAGUCUUUUCACACAUCAAAGAUCUCACACGAAAUGUUUUUCAGAUAAGUCCAGUCUUUGCAGACAUCAGAAAUCUCACACGGGGAAGAAGCCGUAUUCCUGUUCUGAGUGCGGGAAAUGUUUUUCACAGAAGUACAAUCUUUCCACACAUCAGCGAUAUCACACGGGGGAGAAGCCAUAUUCCUGUCCUGAGUGCGGGAAAUGUUUUUCAAUUAAGUCCCAUCUUCACACACAUCAGAGAUCUCACACGAAAUGUUUUUCAAGUAUGUCCCAUAUUCACACACAUCAGAGAUCUCACACAGGGGAGAAGCCAUAUUCCUGUCCUGAGUGCGGGAAAUGUUUUUCACAGAAGUCCAGUCUUUACGCACAUCAGAGAUCUCACACGGGGGAGAAGCCAUAUUCCUGUCCUGAGUGCGGGAAAUAUUUUUCACAGAAGUCCAGUCUUUACAGACAUCAGAGAUCUCACAAGGGGGAGAAGCCACUUUCCUGUCCUGAUGCGGGGAAAGUUUUUUCACAUAAAUCCAGUCUUAACACACAUCAGAGAUCUCACACGGGGGAGAAGCCAUAUUCCUGUCCUGAGUGCGGGAAAUGUUUUUUCACAAAAAUCAGUCUUUACACACAUCAGAGAUCUCACACGGGGGAGAAGCCCUAUUCCUGUCCUGAGUGUGGGAAUGGUUUUUCAGUGAAGUCCAGUCUUUACACACAUCAGAGAUCUCACACGGGGAAGAAGCCACAUUGCUGCCUGAAUGUGGGAAAUGUUUUUCAGUGA